AGUAUCGAGCAGGCAACUGAACAGUGAACAUCACAGCCUGCAAAUUUAUUUGCUAACGGUUAUCGCGAGUGAAUUAUCUGUGAUUUUGAGUGAUUCAAGCUGUUAUCGUGAGUAAUCGUGUGGUAGGAGAGUGUAUCAGUUAUCCGAUUCGAUAUUUCGUGAGUCAGUUAUCGGUUUUGUGAAUAAAACUCCCUGUCUGGCGUGAAGGUCCCCCCAGUGCAGGUUAUUGAUAAGCUGCAGAUUUCAUUCAGUAAAUUCUCCAACGAUGGGAAAGCUAAAAAAAGUAGAUUCUACAACUGAUGACAUUAUCUUAGGAUCACCAAUGAAACCUCGUUAGCAGAUCACGUUUAACACUAACACAGUGCUACGUCCAAAAUCCACAGUAUUAUGGAUGUGCCUUGUGAUAUUAUGUCUCCUGCCACCUUCAGGAAGUGAACACGUGAUUUAACAAUUUAGAAACAAUUUGAAAUCUUUAAAAAUGAUGGGGGACUUUCCAGGUCACCUGGAAAGCGCCUCCACUAAAGCGGUUUCAGUACAACAGUUUUCCAUUUUGUGCCACAGUAUUAGUACCACAGUUUUCCGGCAGUUUUCCGACGCUUUUCUUUCGAAAACUCUGGUGGGUGAUAGGAGGAUGGGGUCACAGGAAAAUCCACUUGUGAAGACUACGAGAUUUCAAUGCUAAUUGAUGCUGAAUUUGCGGCAAUGCAGCGCAUUGACAGGUGGCAGUGGAAGGAGCAGCUGGAAGGAGGGGCAGGAGGUGCAUCAUCUGCGACAGCUGUUUAGUGUCAGCUGCAGGAGUGGAGCAAUCAGCUAUAAGCAGUCAGCUGUAGGGAACUGCUACAGGAGGACUGCAGCAGCUGGAGACAUCAUCUAUGUCAGGAGGCAUGUCGAGCUCCGUCAUUGGUGGAAACACCGCAGGAGGAGAAGGUGGUGGGGGAGCCACAUUGGGUGGAGGGGGAACCUCAGCGGGUGGUGGGGGAGCCUCAGCAGGAGAGGGGGAGACGUCAGUUGCACAGUGUGAGCGGGAAGCAAGGUCUGUGGCCCUGGAGAAGGCCUAUGUGCACGAGGUCUAUGAGCAGAUAUCGGCCGAACAUCCUGAUGCACAGAGGGGACGUACCUGGCCCAAGAUCAACCAAUUCCUUGACGAUUUGGAGCCUGGCUCGUUGGUGUGUGAUGUUGGGUGCGGUAGCGGAAAAUAUCUAAAUGUGAAUCCUAUGGUUUUCAAUCUGGGAGGAGACAGGUGCACGAAGCUGGUGGAAACUGCCAAGGAAAAGAACAAUGAGGUUUUGGUAUGCGACAACCUGGCACUGCCGUUUAGAGACGAGAGUUUCGAUGCGGUUCUGUCCAUAGCGGUGGUUCACCACUUCGCCACCACUGAGCGACGAGUCAAUGCACUACGGGAGCUGACCCGGGUGCUCAGGAUAGGUGGCCGACUUGUCAUAUCCGUCUGGGCUAUGGAACAACGCCAUCGCAAGUUCGAGUCGCAAGACGUGCUAGUGCCGUGGCACCGUCCUCAGCGCCAACAGGCGCCCUCCCUGGAGGUCACCUCCACCACGACCACCACCUCAGGGGAGGAGGAGGAGGAGGACUGUCCCGCCGGAGCACCCCCGCCCUACCACGCCUACACGCAGACUGAGGACAGCGACUCGUGCCGGUCGGUCAGACCUGCCGGUAACGGACAACGUCGCAGAGCAAGAAGUCGACAUAAAGGGAGGUCGAUAGACCCCGCCAAGGCGAUGACCAGCUCUCCCAGUAGUUCCAGUCUCUCAAGUCCCAACGAAACAUGCUACAGUUUUGUCAGGAAGGCUCUACAGAAACUAGCGGGAGGCAAACGAGGUGGCUCCCGUCACCGGCCCUGGUUCCUGGAGUCGUGGACAUCUUGCGCCUCGUCCAAGUGUGACUGCCCGCCCGCGCGCCGCUACGAGCCGGACGGCUGUGAGGACAUCCUCGACUUGCCCAUCGAACUGCGCCGGCUCGAGGGGGACCAAGAUGGCGGCCCCGGGAACCAAGAUGGCGGCUGUUCGGCGCCCCACCGCCGGCAGACCUUCGCCUGCUCGCAUCACAGCUCUGAACUGCAGCUCAACCACAAGUCAAAGAGUCUCAGCGAUAUUAUCAACGUCGAGCAGAAGGGUAUUGUUAGAUCGAGAUCGAGUGUACCCAGCUUGGAAGUUCGUCCCUCAGAAGAAGAAGCUGAACCCACUGAACCAGGAACCAAGACUGAAUCCACAACCACCACUUCCACCUCGCUAAAACCGAAACUGGUCAAGCAGAAGAAAUCCGUGUGCGAGGAGGACUUCGAAGGGGAGGAAGGUGAUGAACCAACAGACAUGAAGGACUUAAUCAAAGCUUUACCUGACUUCCGAACCACUGGUCAUCAGGGCUCUUCAAGGAAAGGAAACGUUUUCAAACAGUCAUCAAUGAAUGAAGAACUGAUGUCCACUGAAAGACUGAAAGAGAAGGAAAAAGUGAGACAAAACAUACAGAAGCAGGCGUCACUCAACGAGGAUUUGAUGUUCAGGAGGAACCGGACUUUGGAUUCGUUGAGAGACACAUUGUUUUCAGCUUCCACUGCCAAACGAUUUCAGAUACUCAAGAAUGGUUUCACGAAUAAAAUCAAAAGUUCAACAACCGGCAUUGAGAAGGUCCUAGGCAACUCAUCGAAGCAUGGGAUUGUGAGGAUUCUACAGAAUUGGACUAGUGGGGAUGCCAGUACUGUUCCCCAACCCACCCCAACUCCAGAACCUCCAACCCCUCCAGCUGAUUCGAAACAGCUGAUAGUUGUGGAGAAGAAGGAAGGUGAACGGAGGCAUUCCAGGGAGGAUGGUUCAGAUUCUUCCAAAGACAGUAGUUUACAAAGUGACACCAGUGUUGAUUCUGAGGACAGUUUUGCUUCGGUGAUAUUUGUUCCUAAGCCGGAAACCACUGUUGAACAAUCGGCUACCUCAACUAAUACCUCGCCCACGUUACAGUCAACACCUGCCUCACCACAACCAACCUCACCCAAGUUCAAAAUCCCACCACCAGUCUCACCCAAACUCAAGAACGCGCCUCAGAUUUCGUUUGGGAUGUCAUCAUACCCAUCGUCCCCUAAACUGAAACACCCGGGGCAGUUGUUGUCAGGAUCUCCUACACCCACGUCUCCGAAAGGAAGGUUCCAUUCUCAGCCGACAUCUCCCCGACCUUAUCAGACAACCUUCCUGACAUCCCCCACAGCUAAAGCAGCCCUCAAACUGCAGCAGUCUCCCAACGGGUCCAAUCCAUCCAAGGUGUUCCUACUGAGCAAUGCUCCCAAAACGCGUCCAACGGUUGGUUCCUACACGUUACCCAACAUCUCCCACUUGACCCCCACUUCUCCGACGGGGGAUCGGCCCGCUGACCCCGGGUCUCCCACCGACCCGCUCUCAAGGCCCAUUCCGAUCCCUGUCCUGAGGACACCUUCGCCCAAGGCGCGUGCCAAAAGCCUGACUUCCCCCAAGGAGGUCACCAAAGCGGGCAGUUUUCUGGAUCUGAGACCAACUCUGUCCCCUGGGUUAUCCCCCACCACGUCUCCCUGCAAGGAUGCAUCCAAGAAGGGGUCUGACAAAGAGGAAGCACCUAGUGAGAAGAAGCCAUCAGAAAAGAAUCAGGACGAGUUGAAGCAGCUGCAAGAUUUGUUUAAACACAAGAGUAAACCGCAAUACCCGAUCGUACGGCGGUCGGCGACAGUUGGCGCGGGUACGGGAAGCAGCAAACAGUCGAGCAGUGAGGCGCGGGCCAGCAUGACCAAGCUGAUGUCACUGGAGCUGUUCAACCCAGAGACAGACGACAUGGACAGUGACUCAUCGGGUGUGUCAUCUCCUGACUCGGUCGGAAGUGUCAUCUCGGUGCUCAACGAUGAGGAACACGCUGCUACUGCCUCUGCUACUGCUAAUAUUUCUGUUACUGUCACUUCUGCUGCUACUGCUGCUGCUCAAGAUGUAGACCAGAAAGAACACAAGAAGGAUGUGAAACCUCUCAAAGACCAACAUCCAGUGAAGCAGGAGAAUCCAAGUCAGCCACCAAUCGUGAAGGAGCCAGUUAUGUCUAAGGAAACACAGCCUACUCCACCUCCAAAGCCAACUCCGGUUCCUGAUAGCAGCAACAGUACAGCUGAAAGACCAUCAGAACCAACUCCAGUAGGUGUUGAGAUAGUGAUGAGUCUACCAGUGCCCAGUCAGACGGGAGUGAUCCGCGUUGAAGUGGAAAAAGUCGAAAGCGAAAGAACAGUCUCAAAAGCCAUCAAAUCACCCCGCAUAUCUCCUUCCCAUAGUUUACUAGAGGCGGUAGCAGAUGUCGCCAGUAGUCUAGAGGAGACAGUUGACGCCGUGAUUCAGUCGAGUCCGCGCGCUAGGAGGAAACAGCUGAAGCUGUUCGAAUCCCCCGAUCCUCUCACAAUCCUCCAGGAUGAUCUAGUCACCCGUAGGAGUCCGCAUAGGAUAGAGGAAGCGAAGCUGAGUCCCGCACGGGUCACCGAACGCAUGAGCACUUGGAGCAACAACGCUUCAACAUCACAGACAAAAGUGGAGGAGCCUGAUGUUGAGAAGAAACGUUGGAGUCUACAAGCCGACGACAGUGAACGAUUUCUACAAACUAACAAUGAAGCUAGUCGAGCUGUUAGUUUGGGAGCGAUACCAAAGAAGUUCAACAGAAGUAAAACACAUCUUUUCGAUGAAGAUGGGAAGAGUGAGAGGAAAGAAGCUAAAAGAUUGGAGAAGGAAAAGAGAGAGGAGUUGUGGGACGAAGAGUGUCGACAACAUUUGACCGAUUUCGCUGAGAAACUCAGUGAGAAGUUGUUGGUAGAAAUCGAUAAAUACAGGGAACAAGGAGGUAUGUGCCAAACACAGUCCAUCUCACUCUCGCCAGAGUUUGAGUUCGUCACAAAUAUCACUCUACAAAAGAACAUUGAGAUCAUGAAUGACCCGUAUUUGAAUAAGUUGAGUGAAGAGCUUCAAGGCUUGACAAAACUUAGUCUUGAGCUACAGGAGAAAAACAAAACGUUUCUGAAUCAAAUAAGAGGCAUUGAACUGAGUAAUGAAGCUAGUGGCAAGGAUAGGCCAUCUAGCUUCAAGCAGCCUUUUACUGAAGACAUUGAUGUGAAGAAGAAAGAUGACAAUGAAAAAAUUAUCUGCGAUAAACCGGUUACAAAGACUAGGUUAGAUAGCUGUGCUAGUACUAGUAAACAAUUACCUGGAGUUGUUACAAACACUAGGUUAGAUCCCAUUGAUAGUUGUGCUAAUACUAGUAAACAAUUACCAGUAAUUGUUACAAACACUAGGUUAGAUCCCGUUGAUAGCUGUGCUAGCACUAGUAAACAAUUACCAGGAGUUGUGAUAGUUCCAGAUGUUUCUAGAAGUAGUGAACAAACUGUUGAAAUAGUUAGAACUCCAUUGAUCAAAACGUCGACAGUUGAAGUGGUGGCUUCAAAGAUGUUGAAAGAUGGUGAGAAACAGUUGAAAGCACUGGACAAGCCAAUGACGACAAUAACUACUAGUAGAUUCAGUGGUGAAAACAUAGAGAAGGCUAGUGAUGUAAGGUUGUUGUUAACCACGAAAUCAACUCUGAAGAAGCCUGAGCUGUGUAUUGAUACUAGUGACAUUGAUUCCGAGAUGGAAUCCACGGAGGAUAGUUGGGCUGACUCUCGGAGGAACACUAUGUUGCCUGUGGAGAGCAGUGGUUUGGAGAGUGGGGAAAAGAAGGAUGAUGAUUUGAUGAGGAUAGAGAUCCUGCCAGGCAGCGAAGUGCCUCGGCGACCCAGUAUAUCGGUCGAGACAACCGACCCAGCCGAGCGUGCUCUGAAGGAUAAGGUGGAUAUGAGUAUCCACGACUCCAUCGGCCCGCUUCGUUCGGGGAUUUCCUUGGAGUCUAGUGGCGGGGAUUUCUCGGAGAGAACAGGGAGCAGUAGUGAUGGUAGCAGAGCCGGGUCUAGGAGGGAUACCAUACAGAUCUGUGACUCUGGCAGUGUUUUGUCGUUGAGACCCGGGCUGUCCCUGGAGUCUAGUGAUGCGGGGGAUAUCUCGGAGAGAACUGCAAGUGGUAGCGAGAGUAGUAGGGCUGGUGAUUCUCGUAGGAACACUAUCUCGAUUGGCGAUCAGACCAGUGGUAGUCAGGCAUCGCUGCUACGUCCCGGGACAAGUUUGGAGUCGAGUGACGCAGGGGAUGUGUCUGACAGGACAGGCAGUGGUAGUGAUUGCUCGAGGGGCAAAACUGCGAGCACGGCGUCUCUGACGUCAGACAGGGCGGGGAGUGAUUGCAGCAAGGACGCGAGGUACGCCGAUCGUCGGGUCGCCAGGUGUGACGGGAGGUCAUCCUCGGAGGACACCGCGUCCCAUCGCAGCUGCAUGAACAAGCUGGUGAGACAGAGGGCGUCCACCCAGGAACCACCCGAGACCCUCACGAAGACUGAGAGCUGUGAGACUUCUCUGAGUGGAUCCACGUCUCAGGAAAGCUUGAUGUCGGACAGUGGGGGAGGGGCCAUCACUUUCCAUCGCUACUACCACGUGUUCAAGGAAGGGGAACUCGAUACACUCAUCGAGCGGUACGUCGAGAACCUGCACAUCAUUACCUCUUACUAUGACCAUGCCAACUGGUGUGUGAUAGCUGAGAAAGUGCAUGUAUGGACUAUCUGAUCAGUAUUAUUCACUUACUUAUCCAUAGAGACAACAGUUAAACUGGGAUUAAUAUUAAUCUCCCAAUGUUAAUCCAUCCCAGUGAUCCUAUUGCUAACGGCAUUAAAAAACAAACAAAACUCCCCACUCUAACAAUUGUAUCCUACUUAGAAUCAACAACAAACUCUAGUAAAUAUCAUAAUCGUAUAUUUGUAUAAUAUUCGUAAUUGUGCUGUGAAACCAACAACUAAAUAUUGUUGUUGAUAUUUGCUAAUAUAAUACGAAUUUCCUAUGUAAAAAAUAGUAAUUAAGAUCGGAAAAUUUUAGUGUAUCCAUAUUGUAUUUGUGCUGUGAAAACAACUCAAUCGCUGUUGUUGAUGUUUGCAUGUAGAAUGCAAGUUUCUAAUGUGUAAUGAAUGUGUUUACUAUUAAAAUGUAGUAGCAGAUGUAUAUCUGUACUGUAUUUUUGUUGUGGAAACAUCGAUUUAAUCAAUAUUGAAAUUUCAAUAAAAAUUAAGUUUUGAAUAUUGAAUACAGUGAAGGAUAAAAACACUUCAAAAAGUUUCUUGUAUGAUCUCUAGUUAUGUUUAUAAUGCCAUCAAUGUAAAUUUAACGCUAGUUUAGAUGAUCGAAAAAAAUCUAGUCUAAUGAUGUAACAACUAAAUUUGAUGUAGAUAUAGGAUAUUGGCUAAGCAUUGUUACAACUUCCUAGUGAUAUCUUUGUAGCAAAAAAGUCGGAUUAUGUUUAUUAUGGUAGAAAGUGGAAAUACUUAAUCAACUCUAUUGAUGGAUUAGUUUCAUUGAUUGACUGAGAAUGAGACACCCUCCUGUUGCCGUAUCUAUAGUAUUUAAGAUCCUAAAUCUUAAUUAAUACUGUCAUUCAGAAACAUGUCGAUAUAUUGAUAAUGAUGGAUGAUGGGAUUCGAAUUAGUUAAGAUCGGAAAUUCUAGUCAUUGUUGCUGUACAAAAAUUUCUCAAUUGAUGUAGAAAUGAUACUAUGAAAUUUACACAAGUUUCUAAUAAUAGUGAAGCUCGAAGAAUUCUUGUAGAUGAUAAGAUAGCGGUUUUCAAGGUCAAUUCGAAUAGAAUUCCAAACAGUAGGCUAUAUUUACAUUCUGAAUCCUGUCGUCUAAACUGGAAGUCUGUUUGAUCAGUAGAUGAUAGUCGAACUGAAUCGCCGAAUAUCGGAAAUAGAUGCAAUGUGCCUAGAAUGCAACUCAAUUUGGAAGUCUCUUUUCUGUAUAGGGCUACUUGUAAUAUAAAUACAAAUCUCAAUACCC